AUGUGGUCCACAGGCCAGGAGGCCAUGGACGGGGACAGCUCAGUGUCAUCAGGCCGCCUCUCUGGCUCCUCCGGGGGCCACAAGGCAUGUGAACCCUGGAAGGAGAGGCCGUCCCGGCUGCUGGGAUCCCAGCAGCAGUUUGGAAAGAGUGACCCACGGCUGGAGCAGCUGAGGGACAGGAUCCGGGCCCAGGCCCGGUGGCAGGGGAACUGCGCCUCCCUGGGCACCCCAGUGGCCUCCAGUGCCUCCAACCUCGGCAAAGUCUCCUCACCGUAUCCCGGGAGGAAGACCCGCAAGGUGGCAAAUGACCCUCAGGCUCCCAAACACCCAGGUUUUGGCACUCUGAGUAUGACUGAAUGCAAAGUUGAAGACAAGGCAUCCCCUGUCCAGGGCCACAAGCUCCCCAGGGCCUCCCAGCACCAGGCUUCGGUCCCAAGGGAGAAAACCCAAAGAAGGAAGAGCAGAAGAGAGAAUGCCCCCAAGUCAUCCUCCCCCAGAAGAGCAGCCGAAGACAAAGAUUCUGAGUCAGUUGGUGUUUCCUCCUGGAGAAGAGGUCAAGCUCUGGCGAGGGCACUGCUUGGUCCCCCUCACACCCUUCUCAAGUUCCAGAGCAUGGCGCCCUCGAGAGACCCAGCUCGCACCGUGGAGUUAGGAGGCAGCAAGAAAAUGGCAGCCGCCGAGCACCCUCCUGACCGUGCCUGGUCGCCCAGUCCCAUCUCUGCUCACAGUGGCCAGCAGGUGCCCGAGGACAUGCCCAGCCUGGCUUCCUGUGACCAGCCAGUGACUGUCCAAAGCGCCAUGGCCAUCCUCCGAGAACUCCGCCAGCAAAUCCAGGCCAGUCUGGAGUCGACCUGGGGUCCCAAGGGCAAGCAGGAGCUCGGCCUGUCGAAGCUGUGGCCGAAGGACAAGGCAGGAAGGGGCCCCCGGAGUGUCCCAGAUGCACAGGACUCCCUCUUGAAGAAGACAUGGGUCACGACUGAGGGGACAUGCUCACCUGAAGAGAGGGCUGGGAGCCUCCACACCCAGCCUCCCCGGAGCACGAGGACCAAGUGGGAGUCCCACCCACAGAAGGCCUGGGUGGCCCCAGGUAGGGACCCCCUCUUCCAGAGACCCAGGAGCCCCGCUGAAAGGUUGAGCUCUUUCUCGAAGAGGCCUUGGACCACCUCCACCGGGAAGACCUCUUGUCCACAGGAGGCCUGGGCGGCCCCAGGACAGGAUCCCUCCUUCCAGAGCCCCCCUGAAAGACCUGAGAGCCCCCCCGAAAAGCUGGGCCCUUUGCCCCAGAGACCCAGGAGUGCCCUGGCGAGGCAGGCCUGUCCACAGAGGGCCUGGGUGACUUGUGACGAGAGGGAGGCUCCUGCUCCCAGACCACGGAGCAGCUCCUUUGUGCAGAGGGCUGGUGCCCCAAGCAAGGGCAAGGAUGCCGUCUUCCCGUCCCCGGGAGCCCGGCAAGCCUGGCGGAGGCUCACCCAGAGCUUCCCUCUGAGCCCAACCAUGAAGGAGGAGGAUGGGCCGCCACCCUGCCCAAGGCCUCGGAGACCUCUGGGACACCUACACAGCCCCGAGUCCCUGAGGGAGUUCAUGCGGCAGAAGGCCCAGGCCCGGAGGCAGCAGGCCUUGGAGGAGAAGGCCACAGCCAUGCAGGCGCAGGAGCGGAGGAACCAGAGGCUGCAGGAGGUCUACAGGAAGCAGAGAGAGGCUGUGUGCGGCAAAGCAGUCCCUGUGGUCUCCCAGGCCACCCCUGGCAUCGUGACCUUUGUCCCCAGUUAUGCACAGUCUGGGGGACUGGAAGCCCCUGGGAGCCUGGGGUCACCGGUGCUGGAGUGGAGUAAGGUGACAUCGGGCAUGGUUCUGGACGAGCAGGAAGCCCCAGGCAGCUUCUGCCUGUGUUUGAACAGAGCCUGGAACCGCGCGGAGACCCUGCAGCCCCAAGAGAUGGGAGGUCCCCAGGAAGGCUGGGAUGGUGCCCCUCUCCUGCUGCCCACUGUGUCCCCCCAGGGCCCCCUGCAGCUCCGGGACCUGACCACCUGCUCCCUGCCCCGGGGAGUGUGCAUCUAUCUGGACCCCCGGGAGGCCGAGCACCUGGGCACCUCCUCCCCGCUGCACUUCCAUCAUAAACACGCACGGCUGCAGGCGCUGGAGGCCACGGCCAAAGUCCUCAAGCUCCGGGUCGACGCCCUCACUGCCAAGUUGCACAGGCCCGAGGCAAUGGAUGCUGGCAGGGGCCCGGCCUCCCACCUGCUAGGCUCUGACCUGCUAGCUUCCGACCUGCUGGCCUCGGGCCCCAGCUGCAUGCCUGCCACUCCCACCCUCCACGCCCCAGCCUGCUCUGGAAACUUGACGCACGAUGGAGAUGGCAGGGCACCUCUGGACUGGGCAGAUGUGCAGGCCCAGCCUCUUCUCCCCUCCAGCUGUUUCCUGGAUGGUGAGACACCCCUGUGGAGCCCCAGCUGGGAGCAAUCAUGGAGCUUGAGCCCGAGAGCAGCCCAUGAGCCCAGGCCCCAAGGUUUCAUGGAGAAGGGACACGUGGAACUGGACAAGAAUGUGGUCUCCUUCCAGGCCCUGGGUGCCCCCAUGGGGAGCUCAUGCAGGGUGCCGGCCACACUGGACCCCGCAUGGGGCUCCUCCCUGCGGCUGGAGGAGACGCCAUCAGUCAGAGGCUCUGUGGCACCCUGGAUCCCCCAGAGCUGCGGUAAGGAUGAGGCUGCGGACAGGCCCUGGGCUGGUUGGUCAGGAGGCCAGGGGUGUCCGCUGGGGACCCCCUCCACUGCCUAA